CACGCAUGAAUUGAGUGUGACGUCACCAUCAGUACUCGCAAUCGGCCAUUUUGUGAGUGUGUGCUGGAUCGGAAUAUUUGUGUUAAAAAGCUUUUCCAGUAAAACCGAAUGAUUUAGUUUACGAGACGGACUCACUUUACUUUUAUUACAUGUGCUAAGAGUGCGGGCUAUCCGUAGACUUCACGCGUAGAUUUGUACGAUGGAGGAAAAGGCGUCGUUGAAAGAACUCGACCAAUGGAUAGAACAAUUAAAUAACUGCCAACAACUAACAGAAAGCCAAGUAAAAUCACUGUGCGAGAAGGCAAAAGAAAUCUUAGCUAAAGAAUCUAAUGUACAAGAAGUAAAAUGUCCUGUAACAGUAUGUGGAGAUGUACAUGGACAGUUUCAUGAUUUAAUGGAACUGUUUAGAAUAGGAGGCAAAUCUCCAGAUACAAAUUAUCUUUUUAUGGGUGACUAUGUAGACCGUGGCUAUUAUUCUGUUGAAACUGUUACCUUGCUUGUUGCACUCAAGGUCAGAUAUAGAGAAAGAAUAACUAUUUUAAGAGGUAAUCAUGAAUCAAGACAAAUUACACAGGUAUAUGGAUUUUAUGAUGAAUGUUUGCGUAAAUAUGGCAAUGCUAAUGUAUGGAAGUUCUUCACGGACUUAUUUGAUUAUUUACCAUUGACUGCAUUAGUAGAUGGUCAAAUAUUUUGUUUACAUGGUGGUUUAUCACCUUCGAUUGAUACUUUAGAUCAUAUACGUGCCCUAGAUCGUCUCCAAGAAGUACCACAUGAGGGUCCUAUGUGUGAUCUUUUGUGGUCAGAUCCAGAUGAUAGAGGAGGGUGGGGUAUUUCUCCUCGUGGAGCAGGAUACACUUUUGGACAAGAUAUUUCAGAAACUUUUAAUCAUUCUAAUGGCUUAACAUUAGUAUCGCGAGCACAUCAAUUAGUUAUGGAGGGUUAUAAUUGGUGUCAUGACCGCAAUGUUGUAACCAUCUUCUCAGCACCUAAUUAUUGCUAUCGUUGUGGAAAUCAAGCUGCAAUUAUGGAAUUAGAUGAUGCUUUAAAAUAUUCAUUCCUUCAAUUUGACCCAGCUCCAAGACGCGGCGAACCACACGUUACUAGGCGGACACCAGACUAUUUCUUGUAAAGAGUCAAAUCCCUGAGUUAUCUAUUAAGGUAGGGGUAUGGAAAUCAGGCUUUAUAGCAAUGCCACUAAACAUAAUUUAUGAUAGAACAUCAAUAAAAGUGUAAGGUUGCAGCUAUCCUUACACAUUAUAUUAUAGUCUCAAGUAUUAUAUCAUGACUCACUUUGUGGUGUCUUGUUGAGAAAGGAACACACAACUGAGUAUUUCGCGUGUGUCCCACACCAUACAUGUAGACACAACAUUAAUUGUAUACAAAUAGAAAAAAACAAACAAUAAUGUACACACGUACCAAUUAAAAUUCACGUAUCGCAUUAAGUUCUAUUUCAUUGUAUUGCUUGUAUUUUUAUUAUCAAGAAACAAAACAAAAAAAAAAUGAACAUAAUAAGUAGAAAAAACUGCAUGGUAUUGUUUUGAAACCUUAACAAAUAUUAACUUAUUGAAAAACUGUUUAUACGAGCAAAAUUCUUUGUUGCGUGUACUGAAUAGAAAUAAUGUUGCUUAAGGUUUCAAAAAAUAUACCAAAAUGAUAAUAGUUUAUAUUUAAGAGAGUGUCACAUAAUUAUUAGAAUGAAUGGAGCAUAAAAUGUUCCACUUGAGAGGAAUAUAAAAAGGGUUGAUGCAACAGUAAAUUCGGCAUAUAUUGUGCCAUAUGAACAAUUUAAUAAAUUCUUUAGUGAAUUUUAUUAAUGAUUGUAAUAUAGCAUUACACAUAAUAAUUCAUCAGAAUCAUAGCAAUCGAUAUUUUUGUUUAUAAUAAUGAUGUUUUAUUGAAUAGAUCAAAAUAAUUUUGUGCAAGUCCUAUUUUUAUAAUUAUCCUACAAAAAUAUAAUUUAAUGCCAACUCAUCAUUUGUGUUUAUUCUAUAGCAUUUAUUUUAUUUCAUUUAUGCUAUUAUUGCUUUUAUUUUUCAAACUUAUUUGCAUAAAUGAAGUUUUUAAAUGUUUAUAUUAAAUAUAAAUCUAUAUGAUCAUCUUAAGUUUUAUAAUUUAGAAUAAAAAAGACUUUUGCAUCAAUCCUGUUAAAACUUUCUAAGUGAAACACAUACUUUAUACUGAACGAAUUCGUACAUUCACAAUCAUUAAAUUGAAAGUUAAUUGCUUGUGAACCUACCGACAACUUUUUUACUAAUUAAUAGUAUAAAAUGAUGCUUCUGGUAAAUAAACAUGUGUAAUGCAAGUUAAAUGAAUUUACUGUGUUGUGUCAAAUCAUUCAUACUCGUCAAUACACAAGCAUUGUAUACAUAAGCAUUGAAUGUAUUCACAGAAUACAUAAUUUUAUAGAAAUAAGCAUGUAAUUUGAACAUAUGCAUAAUGAAACGAUACAGUAGUAGCAAUAAAGUAAAAAAAAAGAUGAAAAAUGUAUAGAUGCACAUUAUAGCAAUUUACUAAGACUGUAAAUGUAAAAGAAAAUAGCACAUGAACCGUAACAUUAUGGAUACAGCAAUUUUUUCUGCAUGAUGCAGAGUUAAGCAUUUUUUCAUUUUUGUUUUAUACAUUAUAUCUUAUACAUAUUUUCCGGAUUAUUAAAAAAAUAAAGAUAAAAUUUUCUUCAUAGAAAAAGAAAUUAUAGUAUUAUAACAAAAGCAAAUGAAUUAAAUGUUUUUUAGAAAAGUCAAUAGAUCUUAGAGCUUGUAUAGAUAAUUUUGUAUUUGCUCUAUUUAUUAUCUUCUUUAUAAAAGAGAUAAAUUUCAGUAUCAGAAUAAUAUUUGUUGUUAGUUCUUAAAGAUUUAAUAUUUUCAUUAUUUUUUUAUUUUUUAAGUUCUAUUUUGAAUAAUGUAACAUUAAAUCAAACAUUUUCUUUUGAUUGUAAACAUUAGAUUUUUUCUGUUUUUUCUUAAUUUUAAUAUUAAAUGUUAAUAUUUUAUGUACUUAUGCAUAUUUUUACAAAGUGAUCACAGAUUACGAUAUUCUAAAAAGGAAUAUGCUUUUAUUAAAAGCUAAUUGAUCAAUCGCCAAUGCACAUGCAUAAAUUCAAAUUAAAACUUAAAAUGCUUCAAACUUAUUUUUUAUGUACAUAAAUUCAAAGUAAUACAAUCAGUUUAUAAGUGUAUAUAAUUAUUAUAUAUCAUAUACUGACUACAUUGUAUAUAUCAAUUUGAUCUAAUAUCUUUCACAAUAUGUAUAUCAUUAUAUUGAUUACAAAAAUGUUUCAAACAGUUGUGAGUUAUGUGUGUGCAAAUUGGUUUUUAACUUUCAGUAUGUCUCUGUUUUAGAUUUUGUGUAUUUUAAAAAUAUUAAGUUAUAAAUUUCAAAACAGCUUGCUGAAGUAAGGUAAACAGUAUGCCUUGAACUGAUAUUAUGUCGUCUUAUUAUAAACAGAAGCUAGAAAAAUAAAGAAAUAUUAUCAUAUUUAGAAA